GCAAAACCGGUUACUGUCACAUUAUGUCACAUCAGUCAAAAAUGUUGAUUGUUAGAAAAUAAAUAGAAGAGAUUGUUUCAAGAUUGGCUGUUAUAACUGAGGAUUAGCGAAACAAACAAAAAAAUAUUUUUUUGCGGAAUAAAACAGGUUGUCAAUCGCUGUAAAUAUGGCUAAUAAAAUAAAAGCUGUGAUGAUAGAUCUUAGUGGCACUCUACACAUUGACAAUUUGGCUAUUGCUGGCGCACCAGAAGCUCUGAAGAGGCUUCGAAAUGCAAAGACCACAAUUAAGUUUGUAACAAAUACUACUAAAGAAUCGAAAAAUACUUUAUAUGAACGUUUAAUAAAUCUUGGAUUUGAUAUAAAAAAGGAAGAGAUAUUUAGUUCGUUGGCUGCUGCGAGACAAACAAUCAUUAAUCGCAAAUUAAAUCCACUUUUGUUAAUUGACUCUGCAGCCAUGGAAGAUUUUCAGGAUUUGGUAAAUUCAGGAAAACAGGAUGCCGUUGUAAUUGGUUUGGCACCGGAGAAGUUUAAUUACGAAGAAUUAAACAGUGCUUUCAGAUUAAUUUUGAAUGGCGCAUCUCUUAUAGCAAUACACGAAGGUCGUUAUUAUAAAAGACCAGAUGGUCUCGCGUUAGGACCUGGAGCAUUUGUUAAAGGCUUAGAAUAUGCAGCUAAUAUUAAAGCUGAUGUUAUAGGAAAACCUACCCCACAGUUUUUCAGAGCAGUUCUCGGUGAUGUAAAACCCGAAGAAGCUAUUAUGAUCGGCGAUGAUGUAAGAGAUGACAUAGCUGGUGCACAAGCAGUGGGAAUCAAAGGAUUUUUAGUACAGACAGGAAAAUAUCGUGUUGGCGAUGAAAACACAAUCACACCACCACCAGCAAAGGUCUGCGAAUCUUUUGUUGAGGCUGUAGAAAUUAUUCUAGGUGAUCUUUAAAUCAAUGUAGAGUAUUUUCGACAUUUCACGCAUUUAAAAUGAUUAAAAUGCAGUUUGUUAUUGGGAAAAUAAAAACGCGAUAUAUUCAGGUAUAUAAACCUUAAUUUACUUUAAAAAUACAUGAGGAUGAAAUUUAAUGAAUAUAUACAUUCAGUUUUAAUUUUAAAUUAUGAAAAUUUAUUUUACAAUAUGAGACUCGAUGGCACGAAGAAAAGGGAGUAACAACUUAAUAAAGCUAGCAUCGUAUUAAUUUCUAUGUACACGUUGACGUUCUAAACGAAUAAAAUUGUAUUCACACAAAUUCAA